CACUUUGUCUGUAAGCAGGAGGCACGAGUCGCACAGCUCUCGUAUUCCAGUUUUAGUCGUGCGCUGGAUGCGAAAGCCGAACUAUAUAUCAGCCAGCCGCAGCCGCAGUUAUUUUUUAAUACAGCAAAACAAAUACUAGCACACAAAACGUACGUGCAUUUGCACUUAUAACCGCACUCCGGAUAGUGUCAGCAGCGAAUAUAUAGCCCGUCGUGGUUUUUAUUGUUGCACUUAUACAUAAUACAGAUCAAUGAAUUCGUUUUACAUGGAUGCUUAGAUGAUGCACUGCUGGAAAAGAUGUUAGUGCUCCAAGAUCUAGGCUCGCGUGAGUGAGUGUUGUCUUCGAUUGCAACAUCAUUGGAUAAACACUUUGCCAUGAGUCUAGAAAGAAAACCUAGCAAUAUGGGUUCCAUUGCGCUGGAAGAGUACGAGUUGAUGAAGGACUCCAAAUACAGAGUCUAUGUCUCUGCAGUGGACAAGGCUCUCAAGAGUUUUGAAUAUACUAGCGAGUGGGCUGAUUUGAUAUCUGCUCUUGGGAAGCUCAAUAAAGUGCUCAAUAGUAAUAUGAAAUUUCCAGUUAUUCCAAGAAGGAUCAAGAUAUCAAAACGUCUAGCACAAUGCAUGCAUCCCGCAUUACCACCUGGAGUACAUCUGAAAGCCCUUGAAACCUACGAUAUUAUAUUCAAAUGCAUGGGAACCAAUAGAUUGAGUCAUGAGCUAUUCAUUUACAGUGCAGGUCUAUUUCCGCUACUGGGCAAUGCGGCGAUGAACGUGCGGCCGCUGCUGCUCACCGUGUACGAGACGCACUUCGUGCCGCUGGGCGAGCGACUGAGGCCGGCCUUGAGCGGAUUUUUGAGCGGUGUCCUGCCCGGCCUCGAGGAGGGCUCCGACUUCUUCGACCGGACGAAUCUGCUGCUGGAGAAGGUGUGCGAGGGCGUCGGUCCCGAGCACUUUUACGCCUGCCUCUGGGACUGUCUGUCGUCGAACGCGGGCAUCCGGUUGCCCGCCAUAUCCUUCGCGCUGUCGCACUUCAACAAGAAGCUCUCGAUGGAGGAUCAGCUCUACAUCAUGGGCACCAAUGUCAACACUAUGGUCGCGGCCCUAUGCGCCGGAGUGCGAGAUUCAACGGUGCUGGUGCAGCGUAGCGCACUGGACCUCAUGCUCGUUGGCUUUCCCAUGCACAACAGUCAAUUGUCGCGCAACGAGAUGGUCGUCCUGCUCACGGCCGCGCUCGCUACGAUAUUGCGUCGCGACAUGAGUUUGAACAGGCGACUGUUUGCAUGGUUAUUGGGAACAGAAGUCAGCACGUCGAUAUUGAAGAAUAAGGCGGACCUCGUGGCGACCGAGACGGCCGCGGAUUACUUCGAGGUGUACUCCAAGGAUAUGCUGAUCGAGGCCAUCAAGUCGACGCUGAGAAACGUUUGCCUAGAUAAUCCACAAGAUCUCAAGCCCUACAGGAUAUUGAUGUCGCUGUUGGAUAAGCCCGACAUUGGCCCUGUAAUUCUCGAUGACAUACUUUACGAAGUUUACAGAACGUUUUACAACGCCUGCACGACGCCGACGAAGCAAACGCCCGACGUCGUCAAGUCGGUCAAUUUGCUGUUCUCCACCCUGGAGCCGCAAUACGUAUGGGUCCAUUGCGAUUAUUUGUUCGAGAAGGCGUGCGAUCGGGAGCCAGGACGUCGCUACAGACUCAGCAACGUGAGCCACCAUAACAAGAAAGGCAAACAUGGAAGCGUCGGCAGCUCGAGCAAUUCGCUCGUCAAAGCCGUUGGCAGCGGCUUCCCUGAACUUUCCGAGGUUUGCGCUCUGACGGAAUUCUUGCUCGAGAACGUAUCGCUCGACUCUUCCGUACACACGUCAUCCCAUCAUCUACCGAGCCUUUUUCACGGCAUAAUCGAUAAAUUAUCAGACCGCAUUGAGCAGCUUAGCCCGACGGAGAUAACGAGCAGUCUCAAGUUGUGCGGCAAAAUCCUCUCGAGGGUCCAACCGGCGGCCGGGACGGGCCAUAGCAACAACGAAAAAAGCUCGAACGCCGACGUCGCCGAGCUCGAGAGCGUCAACAACAGCAGCUACAGCAACAACAACAGAAUUGAUGCGUCGAUCAACGGCCACGCUAGCGAGCGCGAGUCCUCGUCGAUCGAUAAUGCCCUGGCCGCCGUGCCAUUGGAAAAGAGCCAAUCGGACAGCAGGCUUGAUAAGCAAGUUGCCAACGAGUCGUUAAACAGCUCCUUCUUGGAUCGUAGUCCCAGCCCUCGUCGUCGAGCGAAUUCGAGCGGCGCUGGCAAGAAAAUGGAAAAGAGAAACAAGAGGAAGUCGAGCAGAAGCGCGUCAAAAUUGAACGAAUCUUUCACGAUCUCGUCCGAUGGCAGCCGCAUCAGCGUCGUUGUCAGCGACGAGGCAAGAUCGACCCUCAGUCGUAACAAGAGCAUGGACGAUUUGAAAACCAUCGAGAGCCUUGGCUCGGCUAACUCUCUACUGUCUCGAGCACCGCCGCCGGCCAACGCGCAACACUCGAUACUGGAAAAGUGCUUGCGACUCUACGAGCUGUUCUACGUGAAACUAGUCGAAAAGAGAAUACUCGAUAAGGAAAGAUCCAUGUCGGAUCUGUUCGAGAGUCUGCGUGUGACUUCGAACAGAGAAAGCUUCGAGGAAAGGACCAGGUACUUGGAAAGAUUGUUGAGGUCCAAGUUAGAUUUGGGUGAUUCAGGUUUCAUAAGUCAAGAAUCGCAGUCGCCCGAAGAAAGACAACUCGAUAUCUUGCAUUUGUACAUUGAAUCUGUGGAUCAAUCUGAUUGGGAAGAAGUCUUGAAAGUCGCAUCAGCUCUCUUCGUCGAACUCUCGACGUUUCCCACGUAUUUUUUACCUGGCAAUGGUUUACCGGUCGAAGAUCCUUACGACGAGCAGCCUCGUGGAGGCAAAACUUCUCUACCGCAAUGGCUGAAGGUGCUAGUGGUCUGUAGCUGUUGGCUUGGCAGACAGCCUUCCCUUCAACUCACGAGCAUCGCUACUCUGCUCGAUCUCGUCGCUCUGUCGAAGGCUCACAGCGAUUCGGCAAGUCAAGCACACGGGGAAGGCGUAACUACCGUCGUCAUUGUGCCUCUUGUGAAAAAAUGGCAUUUCUCGUACCUGAAGGAUUACACGAACGUUUUUCAAAUAUUGGCACACUCGCUCUGGCAUCAUUUGGGCGAAUUGCCCGCUCACAAAUAUCGAAUUCGUUGUGUCGAGUUACUGCACGAACUGCAUCAUACGUUGCAAGAUUCCUGCGACGCCGUUGAGGAUGUCAUCGGUUCGGCCUUCAUGACAGAAAAUUUGGAGAAAAGACUUGAAGCUCUGAAUCGUUUUGCUACUCUCUGGCAUUUAGGACGAGAAAUAGAAGCGAAUCCUAGAUUAAGGGGAAACUUACGAGGUUUCGAUAAAUCUCUGUUGAAGCUUUUGGAUAAUCUGCAACUCCCAGACAACCCACCGUUAAAGUUACAGUCGCAAUCGUGGCUGCUACACUGCCUUGUGCGUAACGACAUAUCGCGAGUUCUAAAUCCAGUGCUAACGAUGCUUCUCGAUCCAUCAACCGGUCGUUUGAGCGUGCUCCAUGUCAGCAUUCAACAUAGCAAUAUUGUGCUGAGCCGAAGUGAUCCCAAUGUCUCGCUGGAUCGUACAGAACAGGUUCAGGAGGAUACCGAUGGUGCCGCCAAUAUCUACGCGAUAAGUUCAGAGGACGGUAACGUGAUUUAUCAUGUAAGUAAUAGUCAGCAGGACAGGCCGGAAGAAAAGAGAUGGCGAAGAGGGGGUCGAAAGAAGAAACCAAUCAUAAAUCCCGUGAGGGUGAAGCGUAUUUUCGCCGUUACGACUUUAAUGAGUGAUAACAAGGGAAAUCAGUACGUGACCGAACGUAAUCAAAUGAUGAGAGAAUUAGAAGUACCUCCAGUGAUUUCGGGAAAUCGACAAAUGUCUGUUUUCGUCAACCCACUCUCGUUCAACGGUGGAAAUGAUCAUUCGGGCGAAUCGGCCGAGGAAGAAAUGACACCGGUGAAAAAAGCCUUUCAGAGCAUGAACGCCGCAGCUGCGGAAGUGCUGCGUAGUGCCAAAAGGUUCAAAAAACCUCAGUUCAACAAAGGCUCGACGGGUAGUUUGGAUGAAAGUUUGUUCGAGCCAUCUGAAUCCACUUCGGCAAAUAGCAGUACUGUUAAGGCGAACACGACGAGCAUGAUCGAGAAAAAAGUCAAUGGUGACGUUAGCUCGGCGUCUCUGGAUUCCCUUACGAACAGUUUGGCCUCAAACAGUCCAGAAAUUCUUGCGAAUAACAAAACGAAUCAGCAGCAGUCCAGAGGGAAAAAAGAGCAACAACUCACGAUGGGCAAUAGUUCGCGAGAAAUAGCUGGUACGCUGAUUAAAGGAAAAUACCAAGUGAUGAACAACGAAUUCGCCCAAGGAAGCUAUGACCCGAACGAUUCAGUCAACAGUUUCGAGACGGUCAAUGAAAUACCUAGCUGGACCAUGGGCGACGAAGAGAUCGACCUUGAAACGAGCACCGCCGCCGAGGACUUUUUCAGCAACGCGGGCAGUGUCAGCAUUGUCGAGGAAGUACUCAACGACGUAGUCGACAAGGUCGUCGAGAUGUGCGAGCCGAGCGACGAUCAAAAACAGAGUAACGAUGCCGUGGACUCCAGCAACAGCUCGAAACUCAACAAUAACAUUAAUAGUAGCAGCAACGUCAGCGGCGUGGGCGUUCACAAUCUUCACUCGCACAUGCUUCUUUAUUGCGGGGUCUACGAUUCCAAGCGCACACUUUAUGCUCUGCGAGUACUUCGUAACCAACUGGUAACUAAUUCCAGAAUUUUUCUAUGCGCCGCUGCGACCACUGGUAUCUCCAGCAAUCCUCGCAGCUCCGACCUGAUUACGCUUCUUGCCAGGCACCGAAAGAGCGUUUUUGGCAGAAACUUUCAUGGAAAUAUGGCCAAUUGCGAAUUUAUGAAUUCCUACCGCAGCAGCAUGUAUCUCGAAGUGCUCAUAAGCGUGUGUCUAUAUUAUGCUCGUAGUUAUUAUCCGAAUUUAGGUCAAAUUAAACUUACCCAAGAGGAAAUAUCUGGCAACAGACAGGCUCAAUUAGCAAGUACAGAAUUAUUGACACUCAUAAUUACCGAACUUAUACCAAUAGUCCGUGACUCCGGCAAGAGCUUUAGCUGUUACAUUGUUGAUUUACUGACUAAAUGCAAGGUGCAAAAAGUCGCUCUUCACUGCCUCGUAUCGAGUGUUUUAGCCAUGAAAAAUGCCCAAAAAGAUAGCGACGAAGUUUUCACGUUUACUGAAGAAAUCGUCCAGUUCAACGAUCCCGUGGUUGAAAACGAUACGGCCAAGUGUCGAUAUCGAGCUAGUGACCACACUGAAGCCUUCCAAAUACAAUUGUUAAGAUUGCUUUUGGCACUAAUAAUGCUGGAACAUCAAUGCAGUCUUCAGAAAGGCGAAGAGCCCGCGCCGAUGGCCAGUACUGGUCAGCAACCUGUCAGUCCUUCUGUCACGUCGGCUUCGAUGCCUAGUUUGACUGGUCAGAAUUUAAAAUAUGUUCCUGGUGCACCGAUACCCCAGCAACCCAUGUUCAUCACUAGUAUACUUAGUGCCUUGAAACUCGAGCACAUGAGACACAUACAUCAGUACUGGAUGACGCUAGUCACAUCGAGUUUACCGUUUAUGGCCGCAUCUCUUACGACCAUUGUCACCUCGACGAUGCACCAGCUAUGCUGCAACAUUGAGCAGCUAGCCUCGUACUACGUCGAUGCCGAUAGCAUACCAACCGGUCGCAAGAAAGAGGACAUCGCCUCGGUUGAGUGUUGUCUAUCCGCUGAUUACGCAGUCACCCACCUCGAAGCGCUGACUUUCCUGCUACACUACUGCUUGCUUGACAGCUCGCAGCAGGUGGUACUGUCCUACAAUCAGCCGAAUAAUGCGUUGCAGACGGGAUUGCCUGUUGCAAAUCCAGGCCAGAUAUUCAACAAUCUCAUACAUGCCUUCAUGCCGACGCCCUUCUCUGCUGAAAUAACGGGUCUCAAGGACAAAAAUAUGUCGAAUGAGCAACUUCUUAACGCGAGAAAAACUGCUCUUAGUCAUUUGCCGAGAAUUAUUGCCUCCUUAUCAGCUCUUUGGCAAGCAGUCGCCGUGACUAAGGAUAAUGAGCAAGUGACAUGCGUCAUUGGUAGUCCUCGAGUAGUUAAGCACCAACUAUUGGAACUUUUGUCGCCUAUAUCGUUUCAUCAUGGCGUGAAUUUCCUAGCAGCAGUCGCUGUAGCUUGGCACGAAAGGCGGCAACCCUCCAACAACAUCAAAAAGGUACUGCCCGAAGCUUGUCCAAAUCAGCAGGUGCUCGUUCAAUUAGUCAGUGCUAUCAGGGUAAUGCCAAUCGAUACAUUAGUUCAAACGGUGCAUCAAGUUAUAAAGCAACCCCCACCAGUGACAGGAGUAAAGCAAGAUUUUUCCCUCGAAGUUUCGGUGCUAGAAUUAUUGUACUUUUAUAUGCAAAAUAACACAGCUCAAACUCUUGUCGAGUCGUGGGCGUCGUUGCUUGGACUGCUGAAGGAUGGACUCUCAGUCACGGCUCCUGCUCAGUUCCUGUUGCUCGCCAUUCUCAAUGAAUACGUGCAAAAGUGUCCACCAAUGCAAGAGAAAAAAGACAUAAGAGAUUUACAAGAUAUCACAGCCAAGUUGGUUGAGUCGUGCUCGCAAAUUGCGGGAGCAUGCUUGGAACAGACAACCUGGCUACGUCGCAAUUUGGCUGUUCGUGAGGACGUGCUUGAUGUUUCGGAAAGUUCAAGCGACGGAAGGGAAAGUAAACCAGUGAUGCCGGGAACACCACCGAAUUCAGCUUACAGCGUGCAGGCUCAAGGUAUUCUUGCCGAAAUUCUUGCCCCACUGCUCGACGUAAGCUACGGUUCUCAGGAAAAAGAACGCGUCGCUACUUUACUAACUAAUCUUAUGGGGAAUGUCACUCCGUACCUGAGAAAUCAUACAACGAAAAAUAUCGCUUCGUUCACUGCCUGCUCUCAGUUGCUAAGCUCGCUCUCUAGUUAUCCAUAUACUCGAAAAGCCUGGCGCAAAGAUGUGCUUGACUUACUUCUUGAUCCAGCCUUUUUCCAAAUGACGCCAGCUUGUUUACCUUACUGGAGAACUAUUAUCGAUAAUUUAAUGACACAUGACACUACAACCUUCCGAGAUUUAUUGACCAAAGUAUCGGUGGCUCAAAGCAGCACCAUCAGCAUUUUCUCGUCCAAAGAGCAAGAGUACGAACAGAGAGCUCAACUAUUGAAAAAAUUGGCCUUUGUUAUUCUUUGCAGUGAUAUGGACCAAUACCAUAAAUAUAUGCCAGAGAUUCAAGAACGAUUAGCGGACAGCCUCCGAUUACCUCAAGUCAUCCCCUCGAUACAAGCUCAAGUGUUCCUCUGCUUCCGGGUGCUACUGCUGCGCGUUUCACCGCAGCAUGCAACUUCGCUUUGGCCCGUGAUCGUUAGUGAAUUGGUACAAGUGUUUUUACAUAUAGAGCAAGAAUUGAGUACUGAUACUGAAGAAUUUGGCCGUCAAAGCAGUUCUCACAUAAAAUUACUAUCGGCGUUGGAUUCGUCGUGGGCAGUAAACGCCAGCAACGGGUUGCAGGCUUCCGGUCAUCCGCACUGGUUGCAACUUCAACUCGCAGCUGCCAAACUACUCGAUCUUGCGUUGCUGCUGCCAGCGCAUCGUUUGCCCCAAUUCCAAAUGUAUCGCUGGGCUUUUGUUGGUGAUAAUGGAUCAGACAAUGACGAUAAUGACGAAAGCACGGACUACGUGCCGCAUAUAACCAGGAUAGCUCGACUCAUGGAUUAUAAAUUCAAAGAGACGGAAUCGCCUUCGCAAUUGGCGCCUGGUGAGCUGCUCCUCACCUCGUCGAACAUACGAUCGCUGCAGGAUCUGCAGCACUUCUUCACAGCGCUGAGUCGUCGACCCGAGGAAUCGCAAGCUCAUCUUAACGUCGCUCAUCUCGAGGCCGUGAUCGAGCAGGACUUUUUAGAAAAAUUACCCAGUGUGCCGGCCAGAUAGUGGGAGCGUUCGAGCGUUACAUCCUCGCUCAUGGCCUUCGUUUGAACGGAACAGAAAAGAAAGCUAAUUUGUAAUGACUAAUGUCUAAUGACAAAUGUUUAAUGACAGAUGUGCAAAUGGACCUGAACUGCAAAAGAUGCGACUGUAAAUAAGUGUGUUAUUGCCGUUAAUGCGCAGUACCAGUUAUAUUGCGUAGAAACCCGACAUAACGCUGUAGAAUUAUGUUGAAAAUUAGAGAAAUUAUUUGUAUAUAGCUGUAAAGUAGAUUACACUCUAUCUCUCUUACCUGAAUUCAAGUCAAUGCGUGAGGAUAAAUGAAGUCAAUGUACAUAGAUUAAUGUGAUAACAAAGAUGUUUAGUAUUUUAGACGACUUUGCAAGUGUUGAUUGACAAAUUGUGCUAUUUUUCGACUGAGUAUAUGUUAUCGAGUAAAGAAUUACACGUUAGUGCUUAAAAGAGGUUUAAUAUUAGCUCUAGUUAAAGAAAGAAAAUUUAUCGACAUUUCGAAUUCGAAAGCAUUUAUCUUUACUAUUACUCCUGACAUUAACGGCAAUAGAGCAAGAAGCAUAAAUAUUACUGUAAGGUAAAUUAUUUGUAAUACUACGAAGACAAACAUACAAUGGAAUGAAAGUAAGGACAGUACAUGCGGAGCUAAGUAAUGAAAAAAAAGAAAUAUAUUGCAAAAUUAAACUUGUGAGUUAGAAUUUUUGCUGAAAAAAAUUUACUGUAUUGUUUAUAGUUAUUUUAGUAUAUCAUAAAAACAUAUUUUUCAUUAAUGUUAUUUUAUUAAAUAUAAUAUAUUAUAUUUGUUUUUUUUAGCAUCAUGGAAAUAACGUGAUACUAUAAUAGUGUUACUAGAAUUAAAUAUAAAAUCACAUAAUAUAUCUGUUAAAUUAUCUUACAUAAAAACCUAAAGCAUGUAAUAAAUCCGUAUUGUGAUUUAUUUAAAAUUCGAAAAAAAAUAAUAGGAUUUUCGUUAUGUAUUUUUCAUUAAAAGUUUUUUAUUAAAAUCUCAUCAGCUAGUCAUCAGUUUUGAAUUCAGCUUUGUUUAUGUUAUGAAAGUUGACUUGCUUGAAAUAUUUUAAAUUAAUUUUCAAACGAGAAAAAAAUGAAUACUAUGCACAAAGUGAAAACACUUGCUUUUAUAUUAAUUUUUGGCAGUACACAAAAUAUUUAUAUGUAGCCAUUUCAUAAAGGAACUAUAAUCUUUGCUCGAUGUAUGCAUUUAUGUAUAUAUGUGAGUAAGUAUAUAUGAAAAAAUUAUGAAUUGGCUAUCGGAGACUGACGAGUAAGUGAAAAAUGUAAUUCCAUGCGUAUUGUUCAUAUACAUUACAUAAAUGAAUAGAACAUGCUGAAUACUAAUAUUUUUUUUUCCAUAAUUGACUCAAAGUACAACUAUAAAACUAAAUUAUGAACUUGAUUUCCAAUAACGUGUAUUAAUAAAUUUUUUUAUAUUGUACUGAUUUUUUACUUGUAUGAUACAAAUUUAUUUACAUUGUGUUUUGACUGUACAGAUACACUUACAAACACGUUUUGAUUUUCAAUAUCUUAUUUAUUACGAUGUCAAUUAAACGAGAACUCUAUUUGGUUUGAUUGUAUGGUUGUAUUAAACGAGAACUCUAUUUGGUUUGAUUAUUAUUAUGUAUCAUAAUAGUUCUUCAGUUGUAUUCGUUGAUUUGAUUUUUUAGAGUUUAAAGUGUGUUUUAGCGUACACUUAUUAGUUUCUUCGUAGAUACUUACAUUUGGAUAGAAAUUUUCAAGUGUAUUUGUUGAUUAAUGAUAAAUGAUAUGAUAAAUGAUAUGAGAUGAAAGAGGUUUUCGUUUAAUUGAGUUUAAUCGAAAAAUCAGAAGUGCCCAGAAUUAUACAAUUGUAGAAAUGUUUACCUAGAUUUCAUUUAUUAGGAAAUAUAUCGUUUUAAAAUUUA